CAGCCAGCCAGCCAGCCAGCCAGCCAUCCGUCGGUGGGCCCUGCGUUUUUGGCGGCGGUAGAAGAUGGCGCCGUCGGGUCCUGGUCCGGGUCCGGGUCCGGGUCCGGGUCCGGGUCCGGGUCCGGGCCCGAGGCCGGGGCGGACGAGGCGGCGCUGGCGGCGGGCGCUCUAUUGGGUCCCGGUGCUCUUCAUCUUCCUCCUUCUCGGCUGGUCCUACUACGCCUAUGUGGUGGAGCUGGGCCUCGUGUCCAUGGGAAAUGUGGGAGAAAAAGUUGUGUGCCUGAUAGCUUAUCACCUGUUUUUCAUGCUGUUUGUGUGGUCAUACUGGAAAACUAUCUUCACGCUACCAAUGAAUCCGUCAAAGGAGUUCCAUCUGUCCUACGCAGAUAAAGAGCUGCUGGAGAGAGAGUCGAGGGGCGAAGGCCAGCAGGAGGUUCUGAGGCGUGCAGCCAGGGACCUCCCUAUCUACACCAGGACGAUGUCCGGAGCAAUCCGAUACUGUGACAGAUGCCAACUUAUAAAACCAGAUCGCUGCCAUCACUGUUCCGUCUGUGAUAAGUGUAUUUUGAAAAUGGAUCAUCAUUGUCCUUGGGUGAACAACUGUGUUGGCUUCUCAAAUUACAAAUUUUUCCUCCUUUUCUUGGCUUAUUCUCUGCUGUACUGCCUUUUUAUUGCUGCUACGGACUUGCAGUAUUUUAUCAAAUUUUGGACGAAUGACCUUCCGGAUACCCAAGCCAAGUUCCACAUCAUGUUUUUAUUCUUCGCCGCGGCCAUGUUUUCGGUCAGUUUGUCAUCUCUCUUUGGCUACCACUGCUGGCUGGUCAGCAAAAAUAAAUCUACGCUAGAAGCAUUCCGAGCACCUGCUUUUCGGCACGGCACGGACAAGAACGGCUUCAGUCUGGGCUUUAGCAAGAACAUGCGACAGGUGUUCGGGGAUGAGAAGAAGUACUGGUUGCUGCCCGUUUUUUCGAGUCUAGGAGAUGGUUGUUCCUUCCCAACCUGUCUCGUGAACCAGGACCCCGAACAGCCUUCCACACCCGCAGCGCUGACUUCCACGACUAGAAAGUCACACCGUUCUAGCAAGGCAAGAUACGUCACUUCUGCUGAGGUCAAUGGAGUCCACAGAUGUGCUCCAUCGGCUCAGGCUGGCCGCGGAAGGGUUAGCCCUGAGAGCCACCAUUUCCCUGCAAAGCCGUUGAGAGAGUCCCAGAGCCACCUUCUCACGGACACUCAGUCUUGGGCCGAAAGCAGUACAAACUCUGAUAUGGACACAGUUGGUAUGAGCAAUCCUGCGCUAACCAUGGAAAACGAGACCUAGACAUACUUCCGGUAAACCCCUGAGUGCUGAGAACUUCCGGCUCCACCCGGCACUAGGGUUCCUGGGCUCCAGACCUCCAGUUUGACGAUGGUGUAAGCAUCCCAGUUAUAGUUGGAUUUGGCGCGACGACCCCUCUGUGACAAAUGGCUUGGCCUUUGUCUUUAGAAUUUGGCCUGGAAGGGCAUGUUUUUGGAGCAGUCUCAUCACUGGCAUUCAGCUUUCACCCUCCUCCUUAUCCAGCUACACCAGAGGAGUGGUCGGUUGUAUCCCGGAAGCUUGGGACUUUGCCUCACGGAUUGCUGGUCGCUGGGAAGAAGAGGAAUUUUGACUUUUUAUUUUUUGCUGGGCCCAAGGUUUCCCAAGCUCGAGGACUUGUCAAGUACCCAAAAGCCCAAAUGUUAAAACUCUGAAGUAAAACUAGAUAUCGAGCAUUCAGUGGCUUCUUUUAGUUCCAAAAUCAAAAGAGAGGAUUAAUAUCCCAAGUGGAAAAAUGUGAUUUGCCCCCGCAUGUGAUCUACUGCGAAUGUGGCCUCGGCUACAGUGAUCUUUGCACAUCGCACCAGAAGCCCAGGGGAUAGAUGCCCUAAAGUGCACUAACGGGUCACCCCCAUCGAUCAGCAUUCAGUAUGUCGGAGCAGUGUGACUUGAUCGGUUUUGUUGAACUCAAACUUGAGAGAUGUUAAUGACCCACUUCGUAUAAGUGAUUUGUUUCCUCCCACCUUCAGUGGCCCCCUUACUGGGGGCUUUUGCCUGUAGGCCGACACCCGUUUUCUUCUCUAAAGGAUGUAUCUGGUGCACUUUUUGAAUGCUAGCUCACAGUUGGCUACCGUGCGAGUCCCAGGAUCUGAGCCUUUAAAUGGUAAUCGAAGAAAUUCUGCAAUGACUCCCCAGCCAGGGAACUGCCUUAGCGGUGAAGACAUUUUUGUUGCAUAACCAAGUCCAGUCAGUGAAUUGGGUUGCACUUCCGUGACAUUUGCUUGCCAUUUUGAAAUUGCCUUAAUGAGAAUUUCCCUUCUCCGCAAAGACAACAGAUUCUUAGGAAUCCCAGAGAGCUCUCAGUUAACGACAGCUCCGGAUGCCCUGGGAAUAGACUUUCCGUGGCAGGACUGCUGCCGCUGGCCACGCAGGCGGGGCGGCGAUGAUUUAAAAAGGGUCCGGCGUUAGAUUGGCUGUGCGAGCCGACGGCCGAGUUAGGGACAGGUAAGCGUGAUGGGGGACCGGACUGGACAGCUGCGAGGAGGCCGAGGUGGGCCCUGGGGUUUGUCCGUCCACCCGUUGCCGUCAUGCUGCAAACCGACUGAAAUGUCCAAGGGCCAAAUGGGGAAGAGACAACAUUGGAGAAAAUCUGACUUGUGCUUCUCAAAAAUCUGCCCUGUGGGCAAGAUCAGAGUCUCCUCUGGGACAGGGACGGUAUUUUGCCCAGCUGUGGCAGGACAGAAAAUCUUGGAGCUGAGGUUUGACCUUCACGUGUUCUGCUUCUUUCAGAUAGUCCCCCUCCUGCCCUCUCUGCCUUCUGUCGGUAUCUCAGCAAACCCAGCCCCGGAUCAUGGGAUGAGGCUUCUCUCCACCCCAGGGCAGGAAAGCAGGGGGGCGGGUCAUGCAAAGAAAUCAAUUUUAAAUGCAAAUUCUCUCACAAAUACAAAACCCUCAGAAGGUAGCUUUUUUAUAUUUGUUAAAUGCUUACUAUGUGUCGGACACCGUUCUAAGCACUGGGGCCAUUACAAGUAUAUUGUUGCACACAGUCCCUGUCCCACAUGGGGCACAAAGUCUAAGCAGGAGGGAGACCGGAGCAGGAGUUCUGCACCAAGUUUCCUUUAGGAACUGCUGGAGGGCGGCAGUGGAUUGAACCGGCCUGUCGCCCAAGUGGCCGUCGCCCGGAGGUAUCCGGGUGCUGCAGCCGCCGGCCACGCUUCGUCCCCUUCUCGAUCUGGAAGGGCUCUCUCCCGUCUAAGACAGGCAGCAUCAAAAUCACCCACCCUUUCCAGCGACGUCCUUGGCCGACAUCCAGACCUCUGGCCAUCCUCCGGACAGAGCGUGUCCACAUUUCGUUUGGACGGUGUUUUGACCCCCAGCAAUUUGCUUGUGAGGCAUUUCCACACUUUACUAACGUUGUUGGCAACAACAUCCGUAUCUGCUAUUUCAAAUCUAAUUCCGCCCGCCGGCCCCGGGGCGGAAAGGGCCCCCGCCGACCAGCGCUCCCGGUCCGGCUGGGUCGGGGGAGCUGGCGGACCUCCGGGCGCGGGUUCCGGUGAGGGCUGGUCCUUUGGGCAGUUAACUUUCUUGGACACGUUUCCCGACUCACCAGGGAGCGGGUGAAGCAGAAAAGAAGGGAAUUCAACUUGGUGCCUUUCAGAGUGAAACUUGAGCCGUGCAGUGGCAGGGCAGCUGCGGAGUGGGCCGAGGGGCUGGAUGCCGGCACGGAAGGAGCCGCUCCGGCCGGCGAGAAUCGGCAAAGGGCGGGGACCGAGAGUCGCAUUCUGUCUCCUGAAGAAAUCCAAACGUGACCCUUGCGGGAGGCACCGGUGGGUCUACAGGCUGAACUGGGGUCCGCUCGGCACUCGCCGGGAGGCUGAGGUAUCCGCCCUUUCAGCGAGACCCUUUCUCCCCACGCUCCACCCCCCAAAUCGAGACCCAAGGGCCCAGGUGCGACAGAGCAGCCCACCGGGACGACUCCGGCAGUCCUCCGGCUCCUUGGUCGGCACCCUCUACUGCAGGCGGAUCGGGUGGGAUCGGGCCGUUGAAGACGGCGCCGCUCCGGGACCACGCGAGGGCCGCCGCCGGUCGUUGCCACUGACAUUGCGCGGAGCCCGGAGCUUGUAGCUUUGAUGUUUUGUUUGUAUUCCGUAAACAGUAUCGGUAUUUUUGUAUUGUUGACUUGCAGCUGGAAGAAGUAUUCUAUAAAGUCAUUUAUCGUA